UCCCGUGCGCGAUGACGCCAAACGUCGCGGCCGUGGCGGGAGUUUGCAGUUGAAGCCUCGGGUCUGCGUGAGUGACCAUGUCCGUGGAGGUGAUGGUGGGUGGAGAGGGCCUUGACGACGAGGAAGAGGAGGAGAUCCUGACCCCGGCGCAGCUCAUUGCAAAGCUGGAGGAGGCGUGGCUGAAUGAGAAAUUUUCCCCUGACCUUCUUGAACAUAAGGCUGAAAUUGUGGAGUGUGUCAUGGAACAGCUGGAUCACAUGGAACAGAACCUACAGCGAGCGAGGAAGGGAGAUCUGAAAGUCACCGCCCACCGAAUGGAGACUGAGAGAAUUCGCUACGUCCUCAGCAGCUACUUGCGAUCCCGUUUGCAGAAGAUUGAGAAGUUCUUCCCUCAUAUCCUGGAGAAAGAGAAAUCCCGCCUCGAGGCAGAGCCUUCCUAUUUGUCUCCGCAAGAAUAUGCUUUUGCAAAAGAGUACAUGGCCAACUGUGAGACCUACCUCAAGAGCCUUGCCCUGAAACACAUGCCUCCAAACCUGCAAGCAUUGGACCUUCUGAAAGCUGUUCCCAAGCCCAACCUGGAUUCCUUUGUCUUUCUGCGGGUCAAGGAAAAGCAGGAAAACAUCCUGGUGGAACCAGAGACUGAGGAUCAGAGGGAGUACACUGUUGAUUUGGAAGAAGGGACCCAACACUUAAUGAGAUACAAGACCAUUGCUCCCCUUGUGGCCAGUGGAGCAGUCCAGCUCAUAUAACCAGAGCUGUGGAAAGAACCUGUUACCUGCAUGAACAUCCAGGAUUUGUGAGCCCAUGUCGUCCCCACGCUAAGUUGUCCUGUUUGUGAGUGCGUCUGCUCAUUGCCAUGAAAGCAAAUAAAAUUAUUUGUCACUUUU